CCCUGGGCCGCUGACGUAUCCCGGAAACGUGCACGCGCAAGCAGCCGGGACUACGUCAUGGCGGCGAGGCGCCUCUUCGGGGCUACCCGGACAUGGGCCAGUUGCGGGGCCCGGGCGCUUCUAGAUCCCGCCAGUCCUGGGAGACUCUUGAUCCGGGAUUAUGCCAAGAAACCGGUCGUGAAGGGGGGCAAAGGGGGCAAAGGCGGCGUGCCCAGCGAGGCCCUGAAGGACCCCGACGUGUGCACAGACCCCGUGCGGCUGACCACGUAUGCCAUGGGCGUCAACAUCUACAAGGAGGGCCAGGACGUGGCCCUGAAGCCAGACGCUGAGUACCCCGAGUGGCUGUUCGAGAUGAACCUGGGUCCCCCCAAGAAGCUGGAGGAGCUGGACCCCGAGACGCGCGAGUACUGGCGGCUGCUGCGGAAGCAAAACAUCUGGCGCCACAACCGGCUGAGCAAGAACAGGAGGUUGUAGCGGACGGGACCGGGGCGGGCCGAGGGAGGCCCAGCGGGGCGCGGCAGACCCCAGCCUGGCCACCGAGGGCCUCCUGGUUUCCUGGUGAAAACGGACGUGAGGUUUCUGCGGGGUGUCCCCAGCCAGGCGGGACCAGGGCCGCGGAGGCCAACAAAGACCUGUGUGGUGACCCUGGGCGCCCCUGGGUCUGACGUCGGGCCUGGGGCAGGUGGGCCCUGCUGCCUGCGUCCUGGGCUUCCUGACCCUGCCCGGCCGACUCCACGCCGCGAGGGCAGGCGGUCCCAGCCCAGCCUCUCGGUGCCGCGGCCGCCGGAUCGGGAAAGCGUCUUCGUGGGCGCCGAGAACCCAGGUGACAUUCAGUGUCGCCCAGACGGGGAGGCUAAUGCUGUCCUGCCUGGGAAGCUCAUCCUCUUAGAGGGACACCGUGGCGAGGAUUACCGCGCACCUGCCCUCCCCGCCGUCCCCCAAGGGCCAUGCUACCCCGCGGCCACCCUCCCACGGCUCCCCGCCCUCAGGGCAAAAACCAGUGGUAAAGGCCACUGCACCUCCGCCUGUCCCCUCCCUCCUCCCUCUCUCCCCUCCCUCUGCUCCAGCCACACGGGCCUCCUUGCUGUGCCUCCCACAUGCCAGGCGCCGUCCUGCCCCAGGGCCUUUGCACAGGUCGUGCCUCUGCCUGGAACAUUCCUCCCUCACCGCCUCCAGGUCUCUGCUCUGAUGCCACCUUCUCGAGGACUCCCUCUGUCCACCCUAAUAAAACUGCCAGGUCCUGCCACA